GGUCUUACAAAAUGUCUGGAACUUCUAGUCAAACUUUAAGCUUCACUAAACCUUCUCCCUCUCUCCCAGCCGGGACAGGAGAAGACUACUGGUCACUAGAUGACUUUAUCUCCAGCAAAGAAAGGAUCCCGUCCAUGGUAGAAGAGAAUAUCUCCUUCCAGAGGCUGGGCCACAUUUGUCCUCAUACAAGAGAGGCCCACUUGCUAUCUAAGACAAAACUGGACCUCCCACUCUGGCUUGCAAAAUCCCUCAAUAGAAAAGAGAUGAUAUCCAUAACGUUCCCCAAGGCUUACAAGGAGUCUAUGAGGACAGCACUCUCUGCUGAUCCUACUGUGAUAGACCUUCAUAGGAACGGUCCUUAUUUCUACUCAGUCGGUCUGUCAUUAUUGCAGUUUAAACUGGACAAGGACAGGGACAAGGAUGAAGAGGAAAAGGAACGUCUUGCAAAAACCUUAAUAGAAACAUUUGUUAGACGUCUACGAGUGAUCAUGGACUCCUCCCACAAUUAUUAUUGUGCCAAUACGACUAACAUGACAAACCAAUUGGAUGAAUUGGAGAAAUAUCUCUUCUCUCUCGGACAAGAAGCUCUUACGAAACAGAUUCAGUACGAGAGAGGACACAAUAAGAUCAUCAUGGCCUCUUCUCUUACCAGCAACUCAAGGAAAAGGAAACGAAACUAAACUUUAAUCACAAACAUCAGUUUAACAUCAUCAUCAUAUGAUUAUAAUAAUAACUGCAUACAGUCCAC